AUGACCCUAAAGCAGUACGUAGAGUUCUGCAUUGGGCCUGACAUAACAUAUUUUCCAACGAGUCAAAAUUUAAUAUUUUUGAGUCGGACGGCAGUAAAAUGGCGAAAAGCUAAUAAGGAAUUGGAUUUCAAAAAUAUGCAACCGACAACGAAACAUGAAGGUGGAUCUGUAAUGGUGUGGCAAGACUGUGACGCGAAACAUACAGGUUAUAUGCAUAGUGCGUCAGUCGUUGUUAAUACCAAUACUCCCCACAGGUUAGCAUUUCCUCCACAAUUGCUUGACUUAUAUCCUAUCGAACAUGUAUGGACGAAACUAGGAAAAAAUGUGCGAAAACAUGAUAUAACGUCAAAAGAACACUUGAAAGAAAUAUUAAAAAGUGAAUGGUGUAAUAUAGAACUUGACUUCGUUAACAGUUUGGUGUUAUCAAUGCUUGAUAUAUUACGUGAAGUGAUUCGCCGGAAAAACAAUGCAAUCUUCUACGGUACUCGUGUGAGUCUAAAAUUAAUUCUUUAUCAUGGAUUUCAGCUCGUCGUAUUCUUAAGCUUGGCAGUUCUUUCAAAGGGGGCGGUGGUCCCAGCAGUACCGUCAGCAGUGGCGUCUGCUCCCGUCGUAACAAGUGUAACGGCGGCGAAACUCGAGGAAUUAGAUGCAGCUCCUCAAUACAGUUUCGCGUACGACGUUCAGGAUGCAGUUACUGGCGACUCAAAGGCCCAAUACGAGACGAGAAAUGGUGAUGUGGUGCAGGGUAGCUAUAGUCUAAUCGAGGCAGACGGUACUCGACGCAUCGUUGAGUACACAGCGGACCCUAUAAAUGGAUUUAAUGCCGUGGUCAGUCGCGAACCAGCAACCGCCGUAGCAGCCAUUGCCGCGCCUGUCUUGCCUUAUGCACCUGCUAUCGCACCUUCCAGUGCAGUCGCACCCGUUUUGCCAGCCGCAGCUGGACCAGCGCCGGCUGUUCCAGCUAAUGGUCCGGACUCCGAUGUAGAAGUUGUCGAAGCAAGAUCCGGUCCUCUUGUUACAGCAAGGCCAACCAAUCGUGACAAACAGCUACGACAGCAACAAGAGCAGCAACUGCAACAGCUGAAAGAAAUUGAAAAACAGCAGCAAGAACAGCUGCAACAACUUCAGCAACGAUCUAGGUUGCAAUUGCAACAACAGAUUCAACAACGCCAACAGCAAAAGAUACAGCCAGAACAAGAGGGAAAGCAAGAACGGCAGCAAGAAGAACAACAACAACAGCAAGGCGUACCAGUGAAAGCUUUUGUUACAUCAGCGCAGGGAGCAACACAAACUCAACGAUUCGUAGGCCUGUCGCCGGUUCGAGCUGUCACAAGUUAUACUACGUAUCCUAACGCAUAUGCUUAUACGGCCGCCUAUUCUUCACCUUUUGCUUACGCAGCACCCCUCGGUGGUCUCACCUAUGCUCCUGCUACCAUUGUGCCGGCUGUUCCAGCUAAUGGUCCGGACUCCGAUGUAGAAGUUGUCGAAGCAAGAUCCGGUCCUCUUGUUACAGCAAGGCCAACCAAUCGUGACAAACAGCUACGACAGCAACAAGAGCAGCAACUGCAACAGCUGAAAGAAAUUGAAAAACAGCAGCAAGAACAGCUGCAACAACUUCAGCAACGAUCUAGGUUGCAAUUGCAACAACAGAUUCAACAACGCCAACAGCAAAAGAUACAGCCAGAACAAGAGGGAAAGCAAGAACGGCAGCAAGAAGAACAACAACAACAGCAAGGCGUACCAGUGAAAGCUUUUGUUACAUCAGCGCAGGGAGCAACACAAACUCAACGAUUCGUAGGCCUGUCGCCGGUUCGAGCUGUCACAAGUUAUACUACGUAUCCUAACGCAUAUGCUUAUACGGCCGCCUAUUCUUCACCUUUUGCUUACGCAGCACCCCUCGGUGGUCUCACCUAUGCUCCUGCUACCAUCGUUAAAAUGAGUUGGGUAAUUAAAAAUCCAAAUGAUUUCUGCAUCGCAGAAUUGAAAGAGAAAUUGCGAGAAAUGGGACUUCAAACUUCUGGGUUGAAAGCAGAAUUGAUUCAGCGUUUGUCUGACGCCGAUCCAACGGGAGAAUGGUUAAAGGUGCGUAUAAGUGAUGAAAUUGAAGAAAAUGCAAGUGAAAAUGCGUCAGGAUUUGAUGAGUUGGCAUAUAUGCGACGAGAGAUGGAACUCUCGAAAAGAGAAAAACAAUUGAUGGAACGAGAGCUCGAAUUUGCGCGACAACAAAUUGAAUUACUUCAAAGGAUACAACGUGUAAACUCUAAUUCUAACCAAUGCGAAGCGGAAGAUUCGGCACGAUCAUUGCCAAGACAAGAACGACCGGCGCUUGUAAACAUAUCUGCUAUUGCAGAUUUAUUAAGUAAUUUUGAUGGAAGUGAUAAUAAUUUUAUUAUAUGGGAGCGUCAAGUUCAAACUCUAAAAACAACGUACCAGCUGACAGAUGACAUGACAAAAUCAUUAAUGGGAUCACAUCUUAAAGGAAAUGCAUUUGAAUGGUUUCAUUCGAAAUCAGAACAUAUUGCGAUGUCGGUUGAAGAGCUACUGAAGAAUUUGCGUGAAAUGUUCUAUCACCCUGAGAAUGUUCUUGAAAUGAGGCGACGUUUUGAGGCACGUAUUUGGAAAAAGGAAGAGAGUUUUAGCGAGUACGUGCAUCAGAAGGUUAUUUUGGGAAAUCGUGUGCCAAUUAGUGACACAGAAAUUGUAGAGUAUUUAAUAGAUGGAAUACCUGAUCGUGGAUUAAGGGAUCUUGCACGGGUACAAAAUAUUGCAACGAAAGGAGAAUUGCUAGCGGCAUUCAACAAAAUUUCUCUUCGAGAAAGAUCGUUGCCAUUUACUCCAGUAACUAGUCCAAAGGAAAUCAAGUGGUCACCAAAUCAUCUGGGGGUGAACUGCCCGAUUAAGAGCAAGGAUCCAAGAUGUUUUGCGUGUCGAGAGUUUGGGCAUAGAGCUGUAGAUUGUAAGAAGGGACAGGAUAAACAGCAAGUAGAAGCAUUUUUAGAUAUGGGCAGUGAUUUGCAUAUAAUGAAAGCUGAACAAUAUAUUAAAUUAGGAUGCCCAAGUCUACACGGUUCAGAAAUCUCUUGCAUCGGUUUCGGUUUAAAUAAAGUUACUACAUUAGGCAGUUUUUAUGCAGAAGAUGUACAGAUUGAUGAAAAUACUUUCCGAUUAUUGAUUCAUGUUGUAUCAGAUAAAUAUUUAAGACACAAUUUUUUGAUUGGUACACAGUUGUUAGAAGAGGCUAAAUUGGUUAUAGACGGCAAAAAUGUUGAAAUAACGAAGCGUGAAAAUAAUGUAACUAAUUCUUGUGAUGUUCCAGAAAUAUUUUCCAUUGACGUCUUCGAUGAGUCCAGCAACAAUUUAACAAAUUCAUUAAUAGAUUUACAGCAUAUCAAAAAUGAAAGUAUCAAACAAGAAUUAGAGGAUAUUAUAAACAAUUAUGAGCCAAAAGCAAUUAAGGAGUCUAACGUUAAGCUGGAAAUAGUAUUGAAAGAUGAUAUACCUACGUAUCAACCUCCGCGUAGAUUAGCACCGGUUCAGAGGGAAAUAAUUAAAAAACAAGUAGAUGAAUGGAUGCGAGCAGGUAUUGUGCAAGAAAGUAUAUCUGAGUAUGCUAGUCCGAUUGUUCUUGUUAAGAAAAAAGAUGGUUAUGAAUUUUUAAGAACACUCUUCGGUCUUUGUAAUUCUCCGGCCGUAUUUCAGAAAUAUAAUAAUAGCAUAUUUCGAAAUCCGAUUAAGACAGAUAUCGUUUUAACAGAUGAUUUGAUAAUUCCUGCGAAUGACGAAAGUGAAGUUGUAUCGAGAUUACGGGAAAUUUUGUAUAUUGCGGGCGAUUAUGGUUUAAGUUUAAAUUGGAAAAAAUGUAUUUUUCUUCAGUGUAAAGUAGAUUAUUUAAGUCAUAUAAUUGAGGAUGGACAUGUUCGUUCGUCAAAGCGUAAAAAAGCUAAUAUUUUUAAGAUACAUCAAGAAAAUAGGCGAAAUUUCAGUCGGCAUUGUAAAAAAAGCUCAUCAUUAUCAAGAAGGAGACUUGGUCGCUAUCAAGAGAACACAAUUAGAACCAGGUUUAAACAAACGUCGACUGCUGUAGAGAAUAUGAAAUCUUGGUUCGAGGAUCUAGAAGAUUUAUUGUCUGAUAAUGAAAAUAUAUCUGAUAUCUGA